UAGUCUUUCACUCCUCUCCUCUCUUGUAUCGUCUCUCGUAGCCUCCCCCUCCAUUUUCUUUUCUUUCUUUCUUUCUUUUUUCUUUUUUUUCUUUUUUUUUUUUUUUUUUUAGUUUUCUGAUCUCUGCAGUUUCAUACUCAUCCGGAGAUCAGAUUUUAACAAGAGCGCGAGGGCUUUUAAACUACACGUCUUUGCACUGAUAUAUGCAGUGAUUCUCCAGCCUACCUGCAUCACUAUCAUUAAGCCUUUCUAUCAGAACGGAUGUCCAUCUUAAGGUGAGGAUAUGUAUCAAGGCAUUAUGACAACCAACCACGGACCCCCCUCCUAUGAAGCCGGAUUUCUCCACAACGCGUCUUCAGGCACCUCUCCUGUUUAUGUGCCUACCACCCGGGUCGUCACCCCUAUAAUCCCUGCGCUGCCCUACCUUCAGACGCCCGGUGCGUCGCAGCAGAGUAGCCCCGCUUCGAGCCAUUCUGCUUGGGCGCAGCCGGGGGCCGACCCUGUGGCUUCAUACAAUCACUCCCCGGUGUCUCCGCGGUUCACCUUCUCCACCAGCCCGCCUCUGUCGUCCGGGGUGGCCACCGCCCGGGAGGCGGCAGUUUCUUACACCAGCCCGCUUAACAUCUCAGCUAACGGGAGGGAGCAUUACGGAGCAAGGGCUCUCAGCGGCUCCUACCACAGUCCCUAUUCGGCCUACAUGAGCCCCAACGUGGGUGGGACGUGGCCGGCGUCGCCCUUCGAUAGUCCAGUUCUACACGGUCUCCAAACAGGCGCUGCUCCGGGCCCAACGCGGCACCCGAACAUAGAUUUGUUUGAUGACUUUGCUGAGGGGAGAGAGUGUGUGAACUGUGGGGCUAUGUCAACCCCCCUCUGGAGGCGGGAUGGUACCGGCCACUACCUGUGUAAUGCCUGCGGACUUUACCACAAGAUGAAUGGCAUCAACAGGCCUCUCAUCAAACCACAAAGACGGCUGUCUGCCUCGAGGAGGGUGGGCCUGUCCUGCACCAACUGUCACACCACAACUACCACCCUGUGGCGACGAAAUGCAGAGGGAGAGCCGGUCUGCAAUGCAUGUGGGCUCUACAUGAAACUCCACGGGGUCCCCCGACCUCUGGCUAUGAAAAAAGAAGGGAUUCAAACUCGCAAACGUAAACCAAAGAACCUCAAUAAGUCCCAAACUGGGACUCCAGGACAAGAGGGGACUUCAGUUACACCAAGCAACACUCCCCGAUCCUCCACCACCACCAGCACAGAAGAACCCCGCCAGAUAAAGACGGAGCCAGAAAAUCAUAGCUUGUACACACACCACAGCACACACACACAGAUUUCAGCCCUACCUGCCUACAUGUCAGCUCAGGGAGGCGCCAUUCCCCUAAAGGUGUCCCCUGGGGGACACAAUGGAUCCUCCAGCUCCAAAGCAGAGCCUUGGAACAACUUAAUUCUAGCUUAGAAGACCUACUACCUAACAUCUCGAAAAAGCUACCUAUGUACAGCAUACUUAUGAAAUUCUAUGACUCCUACGACUGCUGCUCGCAGUCCAUUGUUUCCUACAAACUGUAUCAGGCCAUCAGGACGCGAGAGCGUGGAUGAGAUGAGAUCUUUAGCGGUAUCAUACAGACACUGCGUGUACAAUCAGAGCUGCCAAGGGCUCAUUCUGACCUUUUCAUGUGCCAGUGUGAAUGCAUAAUUGGCCUGAGAUAUACUUUAACAUGACAAAAUGACAAAUAACAGUAAUAAUCAGACUUUGCUCAUUUUCUGUGUAAGUAUUUUCUUCACUGCAUAUGAUUGCAUUUUUUGGCAUAGAAAUAAUCGGCAUAAAAAACCCCCAGAAAGAUCCCAUGUGGAUAACUUUGUGUCAUAGUUUCCACUAUAGAGGAGUUACACUAAGAGUAACCUUACAGAAAAAAGGACAGGAACAUACUGGUAUACACAUUCUGACACUUAACCUUAGUGGUAUCUACAAGAAUACAGAGAAACCACCACAAUGCAACAAGGAUGAAUAGAUUUUUAUUUACCCCCCGGUGCUUUAAAAAGCUUACUCGUGGAGUUUUCUGUGGUGUGGCCAAAGAAAUGAUCUUGCUUAAUUUGCCUACAGUUUGCUAUUGAAUUUAUUUGUGAACCUCAGUUGUAAUGAGGUCAGAGAAGAAGGUCUACUGCUUAUAUCUCCAUAAAAACAAACAAAAAAAAACAUAACAAGAAAGACAGAAAAAAAAACAAA